AUGGCUCUACCAUUUCUUUUCCAUGUGCUUGGUUUACUAUCAUUUUCUUUAUUAGCACCAUUGUUGUUUUCUUCUCCUAUUUCUCCUUCACGAUCCUCGGUAUUACAACCGGGUUCAUUUCUCUCGGUGGAGAACCAAGAUGACUUUUUGAUCUCACCCAAUGGCAUUUUCACUGCCGGAUUUUAUAAAGUCGGGGAAAAUGCUUAUUGUUUCUCAAUAUGGUACACAAAACCUCUCUCGGAUGGAAGUUAUACCGCGGUUUGGAUGGCCAACCGAGAUGUACCAGUUAAUGGAAAGCGUUCAAAGCUUUCCUUGUUAAAAACCGGAAAUCUGAUGUUGACCGAUGCAGACCAACCUUUGCCCGUUUGGACCGCAGGUAUUAUUGACUCAUCAAAAUCUGCUCAGUUGAUGCUAAAUAAUACCGGAAACCUUUUUCUUCAAAAUCAAGAUAACGAAACCAUCUGGCAAAGCUUUGACUCACCAACAGACACCCUUCUCCCCCUUCAACCAUUCACCAAAGAUACUACACUUGUAUCUUCAAGAAGUUCUACUAGUUUCUCUCAAGGCUUCUACAAGCUGUUUUUUGAUAAUGAUAAUGUCCUUAGACUUGUCUAUAAUGGGCCAAAAAUAGCAGGCACAUAUUGGCCAGAUCCUCAGCAAACUGCAUGGGUUUCUGGUAGGAGCACAUGGGCGCCCAGAAGGACUGCAGUCCUCGAUUCAUCUGGUCAUUUCGUAUCAAGUGAUAGUCUGUUCUUCAAUACAUCAGACGCUGAAGAUGUGUUAGUUAGAAGGUUGACUAUGGAUGUCGAUGGUAAUUUACGGGCCUAUAGUCUAGAUGAGAUCAAAGGAGUUUGGAAAGUUACCUGGCAGGCUAUUUCUGAUACUUGUCAAGUUCAAGGGAUAUGUGGAGAGAAUAGUACAUGUUCUAUCAGUCCUACUCAUGGUAGGAAAUGUUCUUGUUUACCUAAUCACCAGAUGAUUAAUCAAACAGAUUGGUCAUACGGUUGUGCACCGGUAUUCAAUACAACAUUAUGUGGAAAUGAUGAGGAUAACUACGUAGCAUUUCCUAAUUAUGACUUCUAUGGUUACGAUGCUAGAUUUGUUCCCAACACAACACUUGAUCAAUGUAAAAAAGUGUGUGCAAGUAUCUGCAACUGCAAAGGGUUCCUUUUUAACUUCGAUAUACAAGGCUUUUAUUCCUGUUACGCUAAAUUUAAGUUAAUAAAUGGGUUCGGUACGGUGAGAAAUGGUACUAUGUAUCUAAAGGUGCCCAAAAGUAUUUCUCUACAAACAAAUAACAAUAUGGCGGUUCAGGAAUUCAGUUUAACGUGUAGCGAGAAAUCAACAAUCAAACUCGACAGGGCCUAUGUAAAGAACCCUAAAAACGAGUCACUCAAGUUCAUGAAGCUAUUUACAUAUAUAUUUGGUGCAUUGGAGAUCGUUUGCAUUAUCUGCUUCUUCUACAAAACCCGAAAUCCAUUGAAAACACGAAGACAGGGUUAUCUCCAGACGGUGCAAGGAUUUCAGAGAUUCAGCUAUGCGGAAUUAAAGAAAGCCUCUGAUAAUUUCAGCAAAGAGUUAGGAAGAGGAGGUGGUGGCAUUGUGUACAAAGGAAUAUUGCCUGACAAUCGGGUUGCAGCUAUCAAAGUUCUCAAGGAAUUUGAUAACAACCAAGGUGAAGCAGAACUUCUAGCCGAGAUAAGUACCCUUGGAAGGAUUAAUCACAUGAACUUGAUAGACAUAUGGGGAUAUUGUGUUGAAAGAAAACACAGAAUGUUGGUUUACGAGUACAUGGAAAACGGGUCACUAGCUCAAAACCUACAAACCAAUAAACUGGAUUGGGCUAAGAGGUUUGACAUUGCAGUUGGUACUGCAAAAGGUCUAGCUUAUCUACAUGAAGAAUGUUUGGAAUGGGUUUUGCAUUGCGAUGUUAAGCCUCAUAAUAUAUUACUUGACAGCAAUUUCAGUCCAAAAGUCGCGGAUUUUGGCCUUUCCAAGCUACUGGACAGAGAUGUAACCCAUAAGGAGUUCACAAAAGCCAGAGGAACAAGAGGUUACAUGGCUCCGGAAUGGUUGUUUCUUAAUCAACCGAUAACUUCAAAAGUUGAUGUAUAUAGCUAUGGGGUUGUGAUGUUGGAAAUGAUAACAGGUAAAAUCCGAGCAGAUGACCAAAAUUUAGGGUCGAAGGGAAGGCUAGAUAGCUGGGUGGCAGAAAAGAUGAUAGCAGCCGAUGGAAAGAAUGGAUGGAUCAGAGAUGUUGUAGACUCUACUGUUCAAGGAAAAUACGACACAAGUAAAAUGGAAGUUGUUAUCAAGUUGGCUUUACGUUGCUUGGAGGAAGAUAAAGAUGCAAGACCGACCAUGAGGCAGGUAGUCGAUAUGCUGCUACGUACAUGA